CAAGCUGGGGAAAAUAACCAGAAAUCUCGUCCCACCAUCUAUUAAAAGUUGGAAGCAAGUUCCUCUGCCAUUGAAGGAAGAAAUCUGGAGGAGUCUCUCCAAUGCAUACAUGGUUCCUGAAUAUCUCAAGGCCAAAGCUUUGAAAAUGGCAAAUCUAUUAUGGAAGAAUGCCAAGACUAAACUAAGGGCGAUGUGUGAUGACUGUUCCAGUGUUGCUGAAAUGAGAAAAAGGAUACCCAAAAUUUUGAAAAAAGAGGACUGGGAUGCCUUCGUUGAUAUUGUGAGUAAAGGCGAAGAUAAGGAGGUUAGGGAAAGAAUGAAGAGAGCAAGGUCAAAGCUAAAAGCUGCACACAGUACCGGUAGGCGUGGUAUUGCACAACGCCGACAUGAAAUGGAACAAGCAAGUCCUACUGGUAAGGUAUUAAGGGUUGACCUGUACCUGGAUACACAUGUGUACCAAGAAAUGUCUGAAGAGGACCGUCUACACUUCGAUCCCCUAUCUUAUGAAGUAACAUCAAGAGAUUAUGUUCAAAAGGUGAGGGAGUUGAAUGAAACAGAUGAGUUUAGAGGUACUUGGCCGUGAUGGAAGGGGUGUUGUUCGAGGCUUUGGAGGUGGGGUCUCAAAGACUGAGUU